CCAGGCCAGUGGGUUCUCCCUGCAGCCCCAGCCUCUCUUCAGGACUACAAGUCCCAUAAUGCCCCACGCGGCCACGCACGCGCGUCGUCGCCCAUGGAUUCAAGAUGGCGGACAUGGUGUCCAGCGGCUCGGGCACGAGAUCAGGAGGCAAACACUCAACAACCCCCGCAGAUAACUAUUACUUGGCUCGGAGAAGGACUCUGCAAGUUGUGGUCAGCUCCUUGCUGACAGAGGCUGGGUUUGAGAGUGCCGAAAAGGCAGCAGUGGAAACCCUGACAGAGAUGUUACAGAGCUAUGUGUCAGAAAUCGGAAGGAGCGCCAAGUCCUACUGUGAGCACACAGCAAGAACUCAGCCAACCCUUUCGGAUAUUGUUGUUACCUUAGUCGAAAUGGGGUUCAAUGUAGAAACUCUCCCUGCAUAUGCCAAGCGCUCCCAGCGGAUGGUCAUCACUGCACCGCCUGUGACAAAUCAGCCCGUGACUCCCAAAGCCCUGACGGCUGGACAGAACAAACCCCAUCCAUCCCACAUCCCCGGCCAUUUUCCCGAGUUCCCGGAUCCUCACACCUACAUCAAAACUCCGACGUACCGGGAGCCAGUUUCAGAUUACCAGAUACUACGGGAAAAGGCAGCGUCGCAGAGGCGUGAUGUGGAAAGAGCUCUGACUCGCUUCAUGGCAAAGACGGGAGAGACGCAGAGUCUCUUCAAGGAUGAUGUCAGCACAUUCCCACUGAUUGCUGCCAGGCCUUUCACAAUACCAUACUUGACUGCACUUCUCCCCUCUGAGCUGGAGAUGCAGCAGAUGGAGGAAACAGAUUCAUCUGAGCAAGAUGACCAGACGGACACGGAAAACCUCCCCCUCCACAUGAGCACGGAUGAUUCGGGGGCUGAGAAAGAGAAUGCUUCAGUGCUACAGCAAAACGCAUCCCUGUCGGGCAGCCGCAAUGGAGAGGAGAGCCUAAUAGACAAUCCCUACCUCCGGCCGGUGAAAAAACCUAAGAUUCGCAGGAAGAAGUGAGCUGCAGCAAGCUGACUGCAUGGAGGACAAGGAGGCCCGCUGGCUGUCCCAUGGAGGUUUCCUUUGCUGCUGUGAGUGGUGCAGGACAAAGAGGGGAGAUACUGCUGGUGGAGUGGCUUGAAGCAGAGAGAGGACCUCCUGUACAUACCAAACUACACUUUUCCCCACCUCCCCCCUUCUCUCACUGGCUUGGCAUGGUCAGUAGGGAAAGGGCAUGGAAACCACCAGACCUCACACUGGAAUCAGCCCAUCUACUCCAGAGAAGACUGAGUUGCAGCUGUGACAUUCCUCCUCUUCAUGGGAUGGAUUUAUUCUGUAAGGAGGAGGCACACAGAAGGGCUUUCACUGCUUAACACUUCCCAGUGGACUGUGCAGAAUGGACUAUGUGCUUGCACAGGCAGGUGGAGUCCUCGUCUAGACUCAAAGAAUGACUUGUCCAUUCCACUCUGGCUGUUUGCAUUGGUGUGCACAGGAUUCACACCAUGGUCCCUUGUUAACUCUGAUCUCUAUUUGAACCAGAGAUCGGCUUGAGCUGCUGCGCAGAGCUCCAUAUCUUAAACUUCCCUGGAGUUUGAGGUUGUCCAGAGCUAGGGGUCCUGCCAUGAAAUCCAGACCCAGUUCCAAACUUUCCCAAAGUUGCUGAAUACUCAGAGUUGUUGGUGUUGGUCUAAAUCCCAUUGCUCAGGAGCAAUGGGCAGGGUUAUGCAUGUGUAUCAGGGUCAUGAGGGAGACUGCUAAGUACGCCACUUAUUCUAGUGUUUAAAUGUGGAGGUGCAGAAAAUGUUCCCACUAUUUUUUAAAGUGCAUUUAUAGUGAGAAAAUUAACUGUGGUCCCCUUCUUACUCAACAGAUCUGUCAGAAUGGUUCCCUCCUAAUCCAUAGAUCAGCUUCUUGUGCGUCUUUGUCUUAUCGGUGCAUUUCUCUGGCAAAAGUCCAAGAUUUUUACACCUGUUAGCCAUAGUGUUGGAUUUCUCUCUGCUUUGCACAGCAUCAGCUAAAUUCACUUUGCAGAGGCUUUAUUUCUGAGGAGAGUAUACAGUAAGAGGCAGAAGAAUCCGUGGUGGGUUUUCAUUUCCCAAACUUCAUUUAUAAUGUUGGCAGUUAAAAGUUGAUAUGUUGUUUAUGGUUUUUUUUUAAUCUGGUAAACUGAGUGCAUCUGGUGUAUCACUUAAGGGGAGAGGAAUACAUACAGAGCUCCAGAAUGCCAUUCUUUUCUGACUACAGCUGCACUUAAAAGCAGUAAGCAUGCUGUUUAUACCGCUCCAGUUAGAGAAUAUUUUCCAGCUGUCUGAACGGCAAGAUCUAACAGCUGCUUCAGGCUCUCUUUCGAUUCUGUUUGGUUUCAGUGCAAUACAGGUCCCCUGAGAGUCCGCCAGCUGUUUGAAACCCACUGUGCUGGAGGUUUUGGAAUACGGAAUGAGAAUCAAUUGACGGACUAUCCUUAUGGCCAGUAUUAUGGUCCAUUUUCUCCUGCGGAAAUACAGGGCUUUUAUUCACCAGAAAGUCUCCUUUUCUUCAACAGUCAAAAAACACUGAUCGUUCUAGCAUGACCCAGGGGUGGUAUAAGUCUUCACUCAAGCCUGGAUCCUGAGGCCCUUACUUAACUUUCACUCAGCCUUUAUUUGGGCAAAACACUGGUUAACUUCAACAGUUUUCCUUGAGUAAGGAUGAGUAAAACCUGAGUAGAGAGACUCCAUACUGCAAAUGCAUAUGUAAAUACAUGGACCCAACCAGGGAUUGCCCCUAAUACCAAAUCGCUUUCUCUGACUGUUAGUGCUAGAUGAAAAGAUGCCUUAGUGAAAAUAUUCAGCAAUAGCAGAGAUUUAAUGGCAGAUUAAAACAUUGCACCCAUAGUGGUUGCAGAGGUCAGACUAUCAAUUGCAAAUGGCUCCACUGCUUCAGAUUCCCUUAUUAAACACUAUCAUCCUUGGAAACGGGGAAGGUUCUGCUCUCACGCACGUGUGUACAAAUGUAGCUAACCCACUACCCCUCCAAAAAUUGGGCUGCCUGAGAAAGAAAAGUAGGCAACAAGUCGAUGGUUUAAAGCAUUUUUUAAAUUAAUUUUUGGAAAAAUAGAAAUGAAACACUUUAGAGCUAUUGAAACUGAAGGCGAAAUCGAUCAGACCUUUUUUUUCAAAAGGCAUAUGUGGAAAAGAUCCUGAGAUGAAAAGUAUCAAAAUCUCAUUCCCUUUCCACCUCAGUAAACCAGCUCUUUAAACUCUCUAUCUGUGCAAUGAAAUUGGGCGAGCUCAGCCCUUUCUGUCACUCCACUAACAUCCAGCUUACUGCACAUUCGGGCAAGGAACCAGAAGCCUAUGGGAAAUAUCAGUGUCUUGGUGCUCUACCUGCCUUUCUCUUUCUGUGCAUGCUGUGGUUGAUACAGUUGCCCUUUCACCUAUCACUCUCCAGCUACCCAGAAAUAAAUCCCUUUUGUCUUCCAUUCUCUUCCCUCGGUACUAGCUGGUUUGAUGAUUCCUGGAACAAUUCACCAUGCUGCCUCAUGAGACUGUGAUCAGGAAGCGAUGCCCCCUGCAGGCUGGCAACAUUGCCCAGGUGAGAGGGUAGGGUGCUGCUCUCUUACGCUUCAGUACUUUACCCACUGGAAGAAGUCUCAUUGACUUCCCAGCUGAAGGACAAGUGUGGCAUGGGCAAGUGCUAGGGAGGAGUAAUCACAACCACCUCUUCACUCAAGCCGAUUCUUGUGCUGAGACCCUGCUUUCAGAAGGCAAGGGCUCUGCGUGCUGUGGCUGAGACGAUGGAGCGAAGAAGUGUCCACGCUCGGAUGUGCCUUGUUUUUCUGCUAGGAUCCUCCUCCCUUCAGAAGACAACCUUGGCCAAAGCAGUAGCUGUUGUAGUUAAAGGUGAUGUCACAUCCCUCCCAUGUUUAAUAGGUUGAGGGUCAAAAGUGGUUGCUGAAGGGAGAUUCUAAAGGCAGGCUCUGGCCUUUGCAAUGUGUGGGUUUCGUUCUGUACCGUCCAAGUCAGUGGGAGAUUUGCCAUUGACUUCAGCAGGAGCAGAAUUGGGGCCUAAAUGCCACCAGUACCAGCAUGUAAAAUACCUUUUUCCCUGAGGUAGAAUUGUACCAUCGAGGGAGACUCAGAAUCCAGCCAGAAGCUCUUAAACGUUAUCCCUAGCGAAAGAGCCCUGCACGUGCCAUUGUCAAGCCUGCCAGUGCAUUUGUUGUAUAGAAGAAUGUAUGUACAUACAGACAUUGUAUAUUUAUAAAUUUAUAUUUUUGUUUGGUCAUUUUGGAUUAGGCUUUUUUGAUGAUAAAAACCUGAGUUGGACAAAAGUAGAGUGAAAAUAAUUAUUUUUAAGUUCAUAAUAAAAG